GUUUCCUCCUCUCUGUCCGAUCCCCACUUUCUCCUGCAAAUCCAAUCCAAUCCCAUCCCGGCCGAUACCCUAGCCAGAACAAAAUCCUCCGCCAUGAAAGCCGCCGCCAAGCCCAAUCCUCCUCCGCUGCCAUCGGCGGCGACUUCGACGCAGCCGUCGACCAAGGCGGCAUCGUCCUCCUCCUCCUCCGCCGCCGAUCCCAACCCCAAGCGCAUCCUCCCCACCGCGGCCGACGCCGCGCACUCAACCCCCUCGCACCCUAAUCCAAAUCCCAACGGCGCGCCCAACCCACCCCCGCUCCUCCCGUCCCCGCACGUCGCCCACCUACAGCCCCUGCCCCCGCCGCGCCCGCUGCUCACCGUCGCGGCGGUGGAGGCCGCCAUGGCAUCCAUUCCACCCCCGCCGCAGUAUGGUCUCGAGUGCCUCGACCGCCGCACCGUCGCGCUCUCCGACGGCACGGUUCGCACCUACUUUGCGUUGCCCCUAGAGCCUCCACCGCAACUCCGCCAGCCGCCGAUAUUCCCUGCGCCCCACUUAGGCCCGCCCGGCCCGGGGCCUGGCCUUAACAGGUGGAUUCCGCCACUGAUGCACGCCGUACCUCCUCCCUGGCCGCCCCAGAAGCGCAAGCGGGAGGGUCAGAGCAAUGGUGGCCCCCCCGUUGAGUCCUCGGGCCGCCAACACCAACAACAUCAGAAACCAGAGGAGAGGCGUACUGCAAAGCAGGUCAAGGUCGAGACGUCAGAGCUGGAUGCGAAAACACUCGAGAGCUCCUUUCUUAAGAUGGUGAGGGUGAUCAACGAAAACACGGAGGUGAAGAAGAAUUACCGGGCCAAUGGACAGAUUUCCCAGCUGAGAUGCGUUGUCUGUAAUAGGGACUCGAUGGACUUGCAUGCACUCCUCAAUCAUUCAUACAAUACGAGGAAUCCAGAGCUUCGUGCAGAUCAUCUUGGGUUGCACAAAGCUAUAUGUGUUCUUAUGGGUUGGAACUACUCCAUAGAUCCUGUAAACAGAAAGGCUUACCAAACAUUAUCUACUGCUGAUGCUGAAGCCAAUCAAGGAGAUCAUAUUUUAUGGCCACCAACAAUCAUAGUUGAGAACACAUACAAGUCAAAUAACGACGGGCAAAAGGAUGCCAUGACUAAUAAAGAGAUGGAUGGCAAGCUCAGAGAAAUGGGGUUCGCCGGCGUGAGUGUGAAGCCACUAGUGGGCAAGGAUGGAGCCAUGCUAGUGACAUUCGCAAGCAACCUGGCUGGUCUGAAGGAAGCUGCGCGGCUUGCUGAGCUCUUGGAGACUGAAGGCCAUGGACGAGCGCAGUGGGUCCACGCCCGGGGCCUCACCCCGUCUUUUGUUGGGGGCAGUAACCCCAUGUUUGUCAAGGUGGAUGAGACGGGCCAACCGACAUGGGUCCUCUAUGGCUAUUUGGCCACGGCAUGGGACUUGGACACGCUUGACGCGGAGUCGAGGCAAAAUGUUGUAAUAAAGAGCAGGAAAGAGUUCGAUUUAUCUGAGUAGGACCCACCCUGUUACAAGUGUGUAUUUUAUAUAAGUUAUAAAACGGACUAGUUUGUCGACAGCGACAGCCACAUUUCACAAGUUUAUCUGACUGAUGCAGGGCUCAUCCUUGUUAGUCAUUUCAUCGACUCAUUGGUUUUAAUGUGAAAUCCUUUUUGAUAUGGUUGCUCAA